UGGAGCGGUGCAGUGUGGUGCGCCAGCCUGUGUGUGGCAGUAAUCGUUUCUCCUGUUUUUCGUGUUUGAUCGAAGGAAGAAGAACAGGGAAGAUUAGGAGGUCGCUGUUUCUCUGCAGGAUCUCAUGGCUUUAAACUUGCAUUACUAAACCUGCGGAAAGAAAAAGCCGAAAAUGACCAAACUCCAGCUUCUGCACCGCGCGCUAAACGAGCGGCUGAUGGCGGCGGUGGAGCAGGUCAUGGAGAUGGUGGGCGGCACGGUGCUGGAGUAUGAAGUGGAGAUGGUCCGGGCACGGAAAGAGAACGAGGAGCUGAGACGGAGACUACGGUGGAUGGAGGGAGAAAAUCCCACUGACUGGCCAGAUAUUGAAAUCGACACCUCAGGGUCCGACCAGCCUGUUCUUGUGAUAGACGAACCUGUACAAAACUGCCCGUCGAUCACAAUUGAGCCCAUCAAUGUUUCUGAUCUGCAGUCACUCAUACCUGAUGCCAAGCUUGCAGCAGCUGUAUCAAUACGCAGUGCUGAUCUGGAAAUUAUUCGUCCAAAGGCCACUGAAGCAACUAUUUCUGGCAUCUCCAACAAUAUGGGGUGGGUCUCAUCUCUCAGUUAUAUGGAACCACUGGAUUGUGACCCUACCACGAAGAGCGGGAAGGGAAGAAGCAGAAGCAGAAGGAAUAUGAUGUCAUAUGCCUGCCCAGAUUGUGGUAAAGUCUUCGGGAGGAAGCAGAAUCUGAAUGUCCACAUGCGCAUCCACUCUGCUGAUAAGCCAUAUGCAUACCGCAGCCGAAAAGCAUGUUUCUAUGGGGACAAGAAAAGAAAAAGGAAACCACAUGGCCUUUUUAAAGAAUGUCCAUCAAGAGAGAUUGUGGAGAACAAGUCAGACACUGCAAAGAGUACUGGAUCAGCUACAGUCUGCAAACCAGUGGCUACUGCUUGCAAUUCCCUGAAAGCGGAGCCGAAGAAGGCCAGCAAGAUAUCAGAGAUCAGAGCAAUCGAGCAUGUGGGCCGCAGACGCACGCAAGCUUUUACAAGAGAAAAUAUGCAUCAGUGCUUGGAGUGUAAAAAACUCUUUAAGAAAGCAUCAAAGCUGGCAGUGCACAUAAAGAAGACGCACAGAAGGGUACUGGCAAGUCAAAAAGAACAGGAUGACGAUGUCGAGAUAAACAAGAUGAAUGAGAAAUCUCCGGAGCAUUCUAAGCUGCCACAAGAAGAAGAAAAAAAGAGUCAAGAUUCAAAUGUAAGAUCUGACGAUUCAAAAACUGCCUCUGAACUUCCAGAAGCAAAGAUUGCAGAGGCUAACGAAAACAAUUUAGAAUCAAAACCAAUAUCCAGAGGAAACAAUAAAUCUAAAGGAAGGAUCCCUGUGGAAUCUACUGAAGAUACAGGACCCCUUGAAAGACCACUUUCAUGUCGUGAGUGUGGCAAAACUUAUGUCAAUGCUGGAAGUUUGAUAACCCACGAGAGGUCUCAUAUUGCUAAAAGGCUGCAGAAGGAGAUGGAAAAACAGCCGCCAAUAGUGUUGAGUAGACUUAGAGAAAAGAAGCCCAAACCUCAGGAACAGGUUGCAAAGAAAUCACGUAAGAAUUCUACGAAUGAUAAACCUUCGUAUACCUGUCCCUUUUGCGAGACAGUCUACGGACAUCGGACUCGGCUGAUGGUGCACAUCCAGAGCCACAAUUGUGAAAAAACAUACUCCUACCAAGAGAUUAAAGAACUAUUUCACGGUGACAGGACAAAGUCCGAAGUUCCAGAUUCCAGCAGCCAGGAGCCUGCAAAAGAAAACAAUGAUGGAAAUGGAGGAUUGGCAGAGACGGAAAGUCAUGCGACUGUGUCCCAAGACCAUUCAAGUCCUUCCGAGCCUGUGGAAUCUGUUGAACCUUCGUCAGCUGGCAGUGAAGUAAAGUUCAGCCUACUACCUCAGCAGUCAUCCAGUGCUUCCUCCAACUGUGUCACCACUCAAGCAGGAACUGGUUUAAAAUUAAACAGCACACUCACACGCUAUUUCCAGUUGCAGCCGCGAAUUGUUCUACAACCAGUCAAUGUUAAAUCCAAGGUCUGUACCUUACCUGAGGAGCGUGAUCCUGGAUUAGUUAAAACUGACCCUAGUGCUCAUGUACCCAUGCGCUCAUCUCACACCGAGUCCCUGCCCAAGCAGCGAAUAUCUGACAUCGAGCCAGUCUGUGUAGAUUUUUCAGAUGCUGACGGUAGCGAUGACAAUGACUGGUCAGAUGUACUCCACCAUCUUGAUGAAGAUCUCGCCCAGCAGCAAACUGCACCUGAAAAGUUGGCUGACGUGGAAACAGUUGACAUUUCUCACCUCGAAUCCCCACAGAAAGACAUCGAUGCUUCCUCAGAUGUAGAGUUUAUACCAGAAAGGACUGAAAAACACAGUGCCCGUGGUGAUCUUUCUAACAGUGAUGAUGUAGUGGCUACCUCAGUCCAAGUCACAGGCAAGCACGGUGGUUCUACAGGUACGAUCUGUGGCUUAAAGUUUGCUAGUAAACCAUCCCUGUCCCGUCACAUGCGAAUACACAAUUCUCCGGGACAUACGAGGAGGUCGGUCAACUUCGAGGCAACCUGUAACAUAGUCGACAACAGUGAAACAAAAGUUGAAGAACAGGUUGGUGGGGAACAGACCCCAGAAGCACAAAAAGAGGAUUCAACUUCCAACUUAUCUGAAAUCAUCGAAGAGAUGGACUCUGAGAUGUGCUCUUUUCCAUCACUGUCUCAGUCACCUACACAUGACCCAGACAUUGAUACCUCAACCAUAUCCACAGGGGGCUCAGAAACCAAGGCUAAAAGCCGAAAACCAAAGAAGAAAAGCAUGGAAAAGAAAGUUCUGUACUGCCGCUUUUGUGAUAAAGCUUGUAGAAAAAUAGAUCUGCACCUCAAGUUUGAUCACCCGAGGGAACCUGAGGUAAUGAACGCCUUGAGGCGUGGAAAAAACGCUGAAGAGAGAAAAAGAUUACUGAGUGGUCUGUGCAGCUUGAAAAGCUCAAAAAGCUCAGGCAGCCCAGAUGCUGCUCUGAAUGACGAUCUGGUUCAUUGUCUCUUUUGUCAGGGGUCUUACCGAAGGAAUCAGUUUUGGAAGCAUGCUUUGGUUUGCAAGCCGAAAAAAGCAGAGGAAGAGUCGACUGUAUCUGAAGCUGCUGACAGCGUAUGUAUUAUAAAACCUAGCCCAGAAAACAAGUCGAGCAAGGCAGAGAAAAGUCCAGAGAAAGUAAUGAAAGACACUACCUCCAGCUCAGCAUCAGAAGAGUUGGCAAAUGCUCCCGUGCAUGAAGAUCAUCCCAGCACUGUACGGACCACAGCUGACCGACACACGGGGAACCUUUCUUUAGAUGCUUCAAGUGCAGAUGUACAGAGAACUGUCCCCACAACUGCAAACCCUUGCAUUUCUGUUUCUGGCGGCAGCGACAACUUGGUGCCUAACCUCAAAUCAGGUUGUUCACCAGUUCAGGAUGGUGUUUCCAGUGAAACAGGUCAGCCUUCAGAUCCAGAAGCCGGCCAUGUCAAGGAGGAAAUGGACAAAAAUGGUGAAGAUACUGGCAAUACUUGCAGUGACCUUGGUUUACCGCUUGAUUUCAGACUGCACCACAGUAUUAAAAGGAAACUGGACAGCCAGGACAGUGAGAUCACAGAAGCAAAGACUAAGAAAAAGAUGCAAAGUGACUCCUUACAGCCAGCAGACGAAGAAGCAGAAGCUGCAGCACAGAGCAAAAACUGUCCACACUGCAGCGCCACCUCCUGCAGCCCCCACCAGUGCACGAGUUCAGACUAGGCGAAGUCUUCAGGAUGUUCCACUGGAAAUGGCUGGCUGACUGCAGAGAAUGGACAUGAAUCUGCUUUAUAAAUCUUCAAUGUUAUGAAGUUCUAAACACUACAAGGUUCACAGCCUGUUAGUAGUUCUGUUAUUUGUAUAUAAAUACAGACAAAUUCUUAGUUUGAUUUAUUUGUAAUUAAGGUUUUUAAAUUAGAUUAUAUAUCUUGCUGAAGUUGACUUUGAACUUAGUUUUCUGUUCAAAUUGUUUAAACACUGUUCGGUGUUACUGAUCCCUGACUAAAAAAAAAAACAUUUAUUUUCCUGAAUUAAGAAAACACUGUUUAUCUUGCAUUUUGUGCAUCAGGUUGUGAAUAAAAAAUGUAAUAUUUCAGAUUUGUGUUUUGUUGCAAAAAUCAAACAAACCAAGUUAUUGGAUUUUUUUUCCCCCUCCUUCUGUUUUCGAAAAUAUAUUUGUCCAUUAUACAGUUUACAUUUUACAGUUUUUAUCUGCCUUGUAACCAGCUUUAUAAAAAAAUAAUGGAAUAGAUCUUCCGUUCGUUAGUUAGUCAGUGAACUAGCAUGUUAGCUAGUUACCUACUUUGCGCAUUAAUAUUAAGCACACCUCGCUAAAGUGAGCUUUUUAGUGGAGUGAAACACUUGCUUAGAGAAUAAAUAUAUCAUUAAACAAAACGUUUGUAGGAAAAAGUAUAUAUUGUUUGUAUUGUAAAAGUAUCUGCUGCUGUUGUGCACUGGAACCUGUUCGCUCCUGUGUUUGGAGGAACGCUUGAAACUGGCGGGGUGGGCGUGGCCAGUCUCACACGAGGGUUCAGGGAACCCGUCAGUCCAGAACCAGCUGACCAAUAGAGAUUCAAGGGGAACGCCUUUUUCUAAGCCCCGCCCACCCGUGAAAACUGUACCAAAACUCAGAAGCAAAAAAACUGAAGCAAAAACAAACGAGAUUUCAGAAGCAAGUCUUUACAAGGAAAAAAAAUAAAAAUCCACAGAAAAUUCACAAAAGUAAAAAAAAAUAAAAGCAAUGACUGACAAAAUACAAACUGAAAUAAUGUUAAAAUAGCUGCAAAGGAUCAUAAAGUGACCCAAGUAUAUUUAAAAAUAUAUAUUGCAAGACACAAUUUUUCCUUUUGAUUCUUAAAAAUUUGAUUGCGAAUUUUAUCUUUUUGUGUUAAACUUUUGCCACAAAAUUAACUCCAUAUUUUGUCCAGAUCCAGGCUGUUAUUAUUUGAGCUUUGUUAUGGUAGUCCCCUCACCCCUCAAAACAUACCCAAACUAUGUGCAGUAAUUUUUAAACUGAGUGCAAUAAUAAUAAAAAUAAUAAUGUUCAAUA